AUGACUGACAAACCGACCAAGAAUAUACUAUUUUCACCAGUCACAAUUCGCGGGGUAACCUUUCGUAAUCGAAUUGGCGUUUCAUCAAUGGGUCAACGCUCAGAUGGGCAUGGUAAUAUAACUGACCAACACUUGGUUAUUUCAGGGAGUCAAGCUAUGGGAGGGGCCGGACUGGUGAUGCUCGGGGGUGCGGCUGUUGAACCAGCUGGUAGAGUGAACCGGUUCAAUAUAGGACUUUGGACAGAUGAGCAUGCUACAAAUAUGAGUCGAGUCGCUAAUUACGUCAAAUCAUAUGGUGCCGUACCAGGGAUUCAAUUGGCACAUGCAGGACGUAUAAGAUUUAUUAAUGGUGGUAUUGUAAACGAUGAUCAAGGGCAAUCAAUAGCUCCAUCAGCCAUUGCCUAUAGUUCCGAACAUGUUGUUCCUAUUGAGGCCACACUUCAUGAUAUCGAGCGCAUUAGCAAUGCUUUUGUAUCGGCGGCUCUUAAUGCAGUUAAGGCUGGUUUUCAGGUGAUUGAGCUGCAAUUUGGCCAUGGUUAUCUUAUGAGUACGUUUUUAUCGCCAGUCACAAAUAAGCGCAGUGAUAUGUACGGGGGCAGUUUCGAAAAUCGUAUACGUUUGGGUCUAGACGUAGCCACCAGAGUGCGCCGGGCUGUGGGCAAAGACAUUGUGGUGAGUGUCAAGGUAUCCGUAACCGACUAUUGUGAAGGGAGUUGGGAUGUCAAACACACCAUAGAGUUUGCCAAACGAUUAAAGGCUAUUGGGGUAGACCUGCUUAAUUGUAGCUCGGGCAAUGUUGUGGACGGUGUGCUAAAUACGGCUACGAACCCAGGUGCUGUGCAG